UUCUCCACACGUUGGAUAGAACGCCCCUUCCCUUCCCCUGUCAUCAGAACAAACCAUUUCUUUUCCCACACGUUUCCUUUCCGAUAAAUUACCCCCGCCAUUAACAGCUUCGUCAUCUUCCAUAUUCACAAGCUCCUGAGACAAGAAACAAGAACCAGAAGAAGAAAAAGGAUGAAGCUGGUGUGGUCAGCCGAGACGGCGUCCAAGGCCUAUAUAGACACUGUCAAAUUGUGCGAAAAUCAUCAGGAAUCGGGACCGGCGGAGCUGGUGUCGGCCAUGGUGGCAGGGUGGAAUGCUAGGCUCAUCGUCGAGACGUGGUCCUCUGGUGGGGUUGCCGCCACGAGCAUCGGCCUCGCGGUGGCUUCCCACCACACUGGGGGAAGGCACGUCUGCGUGGUACCAGACGAGCAGUCUCGGUCGGAGUACCUCGCUGCUGUGGAAGGCGCUGGCGUGGCUGCGGCGGAGGUGAUUGUAGGGGACCCGGAGGAGGCCCUCGACGGGGUGGUUGGGAUUGAUUUCAUGGUGGUAGACUGCCGGUGGAGCGACUUUGCCAGGACGCUGAGGCUGGCCAAGCUGAGCGACCGCGGGGCGGUACUGGUGUGCAAGAACGCUAGCUCGAGGGCAGCCCGGGAGGAGCCGUUCCGUUGGCGGAGCGUACUUGAUGGGGGCUCCCGCAGGCUGGUGCGGUCGGUGUUCCUCCCGGUAGGGAAGGGCCUGGACAUCGCACAUGUGGCAACAAGUGGUGCGGGAGGUUCGGAGAGAGGGAAGCUCAAUCGCUGGAUCAAGCACGUGGAUCGUCAAUCCGGAGAAGAAACUGUCAUACGGAAGUAGGAAAGCGCUCGAGUUCUUCAUUUGUUCAUUGCUUUCCACCCUUCUAGAUUCGAGUAGGGAAAGGUAGACUAAUUCUUCAAUGUGUACAGAGAUUUUCCGAUGAUGUGGAAGACCGGUUUUGGCCUUAAAUUCUUUGCGAUUUGUCUAUUUCGGAAUCAAACCGAGAAUGUACUUAAUUUUGGUUGCUA